AAACCUAGGGAGAAGAUGGCGGAAGACGCUAUACUCGGAUUUCUUGAAAAGAACGAGGAGAUUUCAGAUUCUUUUAAAUUUGCCGAACAACAUGGGUUCCUCCACGAGGAGAUUGUCAAUGUUAUCCGCAGCCUCAAUGGUUUUAGAUUUGUUGAUGCUCAGGAUAUUAGGAGAGAGAGAUGGGUGCUUACUGAAGAGGGGAAAACCUAUGCUUCCGUAGGUUCUCCAGAAUUUCAGCUUUUCUCAGCAGUACCACCAGAAGGAAUUGCGCGGGAGGAGUUGCAGAAAAAGUUGGAUCCUGCAGUUUAUAAGAUUGGUUGCCAGCAAGCUAUAAAGAACAAGUGGGUGGAGAUGGCAAAGACUCAAGUUUCAAGGAAGGUCCAACAUGCUGAUGAUAAAGUUAAAGGUUCACUCUUGAGGAUACAAAAUGGCGAGGCUGUCAAUCAGGAGGAUAUUGAUGCUCUAAAGCGCCGAAAGCUAAUUAGUCAGCAGGUUUGGAAAGGAAACUCAGUGAGAAAAGGUCCUAACUAUGCUCCUAAAAGGAAAAGAGCCGCAACUGAUCUCACUCGUGAAAACCUACAGAGGGGUGACUGGAAGGAAUUGGAAUUUAAAGAGUAUAACUUUAGUGCAAAAGGUCAGCCAGUUGAAGGUGGCCAUCUUCAUCCAUUGCUCAAGGUUAGGCGGCAGAUACAAAUGAUUUUUCUUAAUAUGGGGUUUGAGGAGAUGCCAACAAAUAACUAUGUCGAAAGCAGUUUUUGGAACUUCGAUGCACUCUUCCAGCCACAACAGCACCCUGCCCGUGAUUCCCAUGAUACAUUCUUUUUGAAAGUCCCUUCCACUACAAAGAUGCUGCCAGAAGAGUAUGUUGAGCGGGUAAAACAAGUUCAUGAAUCUGGUGGUUACCAGUCUAGGGGAUAUGGGUAUGAUUGGAAAAGAGAGGAAGCAAACAAGAAUCUUUUGCGGACACACACUACUGCUGUUUCGUCAAGAAUGUUGUGUGCAUUAGCUCAGAAGCCCUUUGCCCCCAAGAAAUACUAUUCUAUUGAUCGUGUUUUCAGAAAUGAAGCAGUUGAUCGGACACAUCUUGCUGAAUUUCACCAGAUAGAAGGCUUAAUAUGUGAUCGUGGACUUACUCUUGGUGACCUGAUUGGUGUUCUUCAUGACUUCUUUGCUCGUCUAGGAAUGUCCAAGCUUCGGUUUAAACCUGCAUAUAAUCCUUAUACUGAGCCCAGCAUGGAAAUUUUCAGCUACCAUGAAGGCUUAAAGAAAUGGGUGGAAGUUGGGAAUUCUGGUAUGUUUAGGCCUGAAAUGCUGCUUCCUAUGGGGCUGCCAGAAGAUGUUCGGGUUAUUGCCUGGGGCCUUUCCCUUGAGAGGCCCACCAUGAUUCUCUACGGGAUUGACAAUAUCAGAGAUCUUUUUGGUCCUAAGGUGGAUAUAGGUCUCAUCAAAAGAAAUCCAAUAUGCCGGCUUGGGCUUUAGUAACACAAAUCAUUCUUGAAUUGCGGCUCCAUUCUAUGACAUAUGUCAGAUAUUCUUGAUGGUAUUGAGAUAAAUUUUUCUGCAGGGGCAGCUAGUUGAUACCUUUUCUUUACGUAGUGGGAAAAUUCUCGCUGGUAAUUAUUGUAGGUGUUUGAUUUAUCUAUCUACUUACACAGGAGAUUGUUGAUACAAAUGUGAAGAUUAAUUUUCGAAUUGAUGGGAGCUGUGUUCGAUUUGAUGCUAUAACUGGAUUUCGGCUCAUUUAAUCCCUUUACAGUACUUUUGAAUAUCU